UGCGGUCUCAUCACCCGUGGUGCUCCGGAGGAAGGGGAGUCGGGAGGGAUGCUGAAGUAGCGCGGGAUGCUGUGGAGUGAAAACACCGUGGGAGGAAGGCUCAGAGUCAACCAGCGCGAAUGGCCUCUCCGGAGCUGCUCCCCGCAGAGGAGGGGGGCAAACAGCCCGCCGUGCCCGACGUCCUUGACCGGGUGUCCAUCGCGCUGCACGCCCGCAGGUCGGGCGGCUCAACAGGAGGCGCGCUCCCGGGGGAGGGCGGCUGCAGCCCGGCGCGCGGCUGCCGCGGCCGCUGCCUCUCGGCACCGAGGACGGCGGCGCGCAAGGCGGAGGUCAGAGGCGGCCACCCCGGGGAGGAGAAAGUCAAAGUGUGCUGCGACGAGGAAUUAGAGACGUCUUUCACGUACAUCGACGAGAACGUGAAUCUGCGGCUGGCCAGCCCGGAGACGAGUUGUAAAAGUACUCACAGACCCGUGCGUAACGGCGAGCCCUGCUCCGAGACGUUCCCGGAGCUCUCCUUCAUGUCGGAGGACGAUCUGUCCUUCGGGGAGGGCCCCGGGAGCUCUAUAGACUACGGCUUUAUCAGUGCGGUCACGUUCCUGGUGACCGGGAUCUCCUUGGUGAUCAUCUCCUACGCCGUGCCUCGGGACGUGGUGGUGGACCGGGACAGCGUGUCCGCGCGGGAGAUGGAGCGGCUGGAGAUGGAGAGCGCGCGGAUAGGGGCCCACCUGGACCGGUGCGUGAUAGCCGGGCUGUGCCUGCUGACGCUGGGCGGCGUGGUGCUCUCCACGCUGCUGAUGAUCUCCAUGUGGAAGGGGGAGAUGUACAGGAGGAAGGUCAUUGCUUACUCCAAGCGCUCUGCUAAGCAGUAUGGCUCCAUCAGCCUGAAGACCAGGUCCAGUCCCAGCCACUCCUCCGUGCAUUUGUCCCUGGAAGAGGAACUGGAUGAAACUUUGACUUAA